ACGAAUUUAUAAAGAUCAACUUGCCCUUAAAAUUAGAAAAAUGUCAACACCAGUGUUGUAUUCCUAUUUUAGAAGCUCUUGUGCAUGGAGAGUAAGAAUAGCCCUCAAUAUCAAGGGCAUACAGUAUGAAUACAGAGCAGUCAAUCUAAUCAAAGAUGGAGGAAUGCAGAAAAAAGAUGAGUAUACCACAGUUAACCCAAUGCAGCAAGUACCAGCUCUUAUUAUGGAUGGUGCUACUCUCACACAAUCUAUUUCCGUUAUGGAAUAUUUGGAAGAAAAGUACCCAGCCAAUGCAAUUUUGCCAAAGGACCCCCUUCAAAGAGCAAAAGUCAGGGAAAUCUGUGAGUUGAUAGCUUCUGGUAUUCAGCCCAUCCAGAAUUUGCAAGUCCUGCAGAAAGUGGAGAAACUCUCUAGUGCAGAGGAAAAAUCAGAGUGGGCCAGAUUCUUUAUAGAAAAGGGAUUUACAGCCCUGGAAACCAUACUUGGCAAAUGUGCUGGGAAAUAUUGUAUUGGGGACACAGUUACUAUGGCUGAUAUCUGCUUGGUGCCACAAGUUUAUAAUGCAAAAAGGUUCUCAGCUGAUAUGAGCAAGUUUCCAUUGAUAUCCAAGAUCAAUGAAGAGCUAGUAAAAAUUGAGGCAUUUGAAAAAGCAAGUCCCUUCAAGCAGCCAGAUUGCCCAGAGGACUUAAGAGCUUGAUGUUCUCCUGCAUGACCAAAGAAUAAGUGUGUUCAACUUAGAUAUGAGAGUAUAUAAUAACUUUUAUGCUGAGAAGAAUGAAUAAUGAUGUGCCAGUGCAGCUAUUAAAGACAUUAAUAUUUACAAUCCGUAACCGGUAGUUUAAAAGUGACACUUACUUUGUUACAUAAAUCUUCAUGGUUGAAUUUCUCCAGGCAGAUAAAAAAAUUCGUGUUUUUGACUGAUUGGUUUAUAUAUUUUUUUAUUCUGCAUUUAUCAUAUAUGAGCAUUAUUGAUUUUAAUUGUGAUUCAAAUAUAUUUGUACAUUAUAAAUCACCAGUUGUUAAAUGUCUUCAUCUCGCACAAAGAUGUACAAGAAUUUAUAUUGUAUAGAAGAAUAAAGACGAUCAGAAAUUAGGAAAAAAUUAAUUAUGUAAGAUUUAUGGUACGUUGUGUGAUUUAAAAUAAAAUUAAAACAGAGUAAA